AUGGCCAGAGCACGCAAGACAGCGGCAAAGCAGCCACCCACACCAGCCAAAGGCUCGUCAUCCACCUCCGACACAGACGUACCCAAAAUUCGAAAGGCCAGAUCUAUCAACUGGGCCUCUCGUGUCAUUGCCGUUGCACUACUCGCCCCGAUAGUCGUGGUGGCGCGCCAUGCGCUUCGCGUGCCACAGGAUAGUCUCAACUCUUUCGCAGGCCGCUACCCUCUCAAGACAACGUACACCGGGUUCGAGCCCGUGGACGGCUUCCUCGCCAAGCUCGUCUCAGCAUUCUCCUACAUUCUGGCCGGCGAUGAACCCAACACGAAGGCGCAGUUGAUGUACUUUGCACCACUCCUGGGUGUGACUCUCAUGCUAUGGACGAUCGAGGGCUGGCGUCGCGGCAACCGAACCAGUUUGUACGGUAUCGCCAUGCAGAUAUUUGGUGUGGGCCUCGUGGCGCCCAUCUACUUCAUCCUCUCCAUCCUCUCGGACAGAGGCGAUGCUCUCGAGAUUGUAGUGCCACCGCAGAUUGCAAAGAGUGCGUUCCCGGCUACCAUCAUCAGCUUCGCGAUACCGACAUUUCUCAUGCUGGUCCCCACGAGCGACGUAGAGCUCCGGCAGAAUAUCAUCGCCUCAUGGCAGCCCAGUCCCCUGACGUUGGCCGUCUUGACGACCUUUUUGGGUGUCGUGAUCAAGCAGGCGUCCAGUGGAACGGCGCCCACGAAUCCCAUGGCCAAGACGACGCAGGAGUCUGCUGCGCCAGUCGUGAACCCACUGCCUACAUUGAAAUUCGUUUACAGCUUGGCAUUCACACUGGCCUUUGCGUGCCAUGUCGUUAUUCUGGGCUACAUUGUCACCGAGCCCGAGCUCUCCCUCAGCGGUGUGUUCUGCAAUCUUCCAGCGCCCUUUGAUGUGUGGGAUCUUGAAAACCCCGUGAAAGCCAUGGGGAUAUUCAUGAGAUAUGACCUGCUGCUGCUCACAGUGUCCAUAUUGGUGUUCCUGGCCUAUAAUGCCUACGAUCUCGUCCAUCUCGGCUGCGUGGGGUCUAGUGAAGCCAUCAAUGCCGUUGCGUACACCGCCGUGGGGCAAGUGCUCGUGGGACCUGCUGCGUCAUAUGUCGGAUUCUGGAGCUGGAGGGAGAGUGCUCUCGCGAGAAAAAGAUUGUCUGUGGAGGUCUGA